AUGGAAGAAUAUUACGACAUACCAGUAAACAUCACAAAUGACCUUGAAAGAAAAAUUGCUGACGCUUUUUUGAUUUUCGAUCAUCAUGGUCAGAAAACUGUUGAUGUUCGCGAAAUUGGUUCAAUUCUCAGAUAUCUUGGACUAGUUCCAAGCGAACAAGAAGUCGGUGAAGUUAUUGCAGAAACAGAGUUUGAAGAUUCAAAUGGAACAGUUCAU